GGAGGCAGCCAGAGAGCCCCGAUGCUUAUUCAGGCUGGGGAGCGGAGCCGAGUGGAGGGGCGAGCGAGGCUCCGGCAGCGCAGGGGAGCCCGGGAAGGCGGCGGCGAGCGGCGGAGCCAGUGGCCGGACAUGCCCCGGACUCGGGGCCGCUGCACCACCGCCGCCGCCCGGAGCCAGCCGGCCGGACACCCGCACGCCUGGGUCCCCCGGCGCCGCGCCGCCCGGGGGCUGCGACCCGGACCCUCCGCGUCCGACCAACAAUAAGCGCCCAGACAGACCCCUCCCCGCCCCGCGCCCGCCUUCCCCGCGGGCCUCGGGGAAAGUGAAAGGAGGAGGCGAAGGAAGGAAGGAAGGAAGGAAGGGAGGAGGAGCAGGAGCCGGAGCCGUGAGGUUGGGGCCGAGACCCCAGCCCCGAGCCCCGAGCCGGGCGGGUGUGCGCGCUCUCCAGCCGCUGCCCGGCGCCCACGACCAUGCUCCGCGGUUGGGAGGCAGGAACCCAGGCUCCCAGCGACCCCCGGAUACCCACUCCCGGGCCGGGCUGGUAUUGAGAUCAAGGCGUCCAGGAUCAAAAGAUCACCACCUGCCCGCCUUCCUCCGCACCUCCACCUGGCGAGCAGGAGGACCCCAAUCCACCCACCGACCCUGACCUGGUCAUGGCGUCCAACUCCGGCCUGGCGUGAGGACCCCCGACCCGCGCGAGGGAGCCCCAGCCCCGAUCACACCCUUGAGCCCGAGCCCGACACGCGUUAUCCCGAGGUCUCUGUUCUUUCAGCCACACAGGGUUCCUAGCUGCCCAUUUCCUCUCUAGAGGCGUCUGCCCACUGCCUGCGGAAGCAUGGACCCUCCAAGCAGUGUUUUCAGUGCCUCUUUUGGGGUGGUUUGGAGCUGGGCUUUGAGACUGGUGUGCUGGUAGGCAAAUCAAGCAAAGGCUCCCAAGGUGGGAGCCGCUGAACAGAGUCCCUGCUCCAGUACCGAGUACCUGGCUGGGCCCUGGGCACGCACAGGGGCCGUAGCCCCACUGUGUGUGGGAGCCAUGAGGAUCCUGGCUAACAAGACAAGGUUACCCCACCCCAGGAGGAGAGAAGCUCCAGGGAGCCCGCCGCUGUCCCCCCGCGGCCACUGCCCCCCUGCCCCAGCCAAGCCAAUGCACCCAGAAAAUAAGUUGACCAAUCAUGGCAAGACAGGGAAUGGCGGGGCCCAAUCUCAGCACCAGAAUGUGAACCAAGGACCCACCUGCAACCUGGGCUCGAAGGGCGUGGGGGCGGGGAACCAUGGGGCCAAGGCCAACCAGAUCUCACCUAGCAACUCAAGUCUGAAGAACCCCCAGGCAGGGGUACCCCCUUUCAGCUCGCUCAAGGGCAAGGUGAAGAGGGAGCGGAGCGUGUCUGUGGACUCCGGCGAGCAGCGAGAGGCUGGGACCCCAUCCCUGGAUUCAGAGGCCAAAGAGGUGGCACCCCGGAGUAAGCGGCGCUGUGUGCUGGAGCGGAAGCAGCCGUACAGCGGGGACGAAUGGUGCUCAGGCCCGGACAGCGAGGAGGACGACAAGCCCCUUGGGGCCGCCCACAAUUGUAAUGUAGCAGACCCAGCCAUGGCGGCCCCACAGCUGGGUCCCGGCCAAGCCCCCCAACUGCCCCUCAGUGAGAGCAGCGCGCCAGGCCCUCCGCAUGGGCCCCCGCCUGGCCUUCGGCCUGACGCCCCUGGGGGCGGAGGCGGCGGUGUCCCCGGAAAGCCCCCCUCCCAGUUUGUGUAUGUCUUCACCACCCACCUGGCCAACACGGCUGCGGAGGCUGUGCUGCAGGGCCGAGCCGACUCCAUCCUCGCCUACCACCAGCAGAAUGUGCCACGGGCCAAGCUGGACCAGGCCCCCAAAGUGCCGCCCACCCCGGAACCGCUACCCCUGAGCACGCCAUCAGCGGGCACCCCUCAGUCCCAGCCUCCACCUCUGCCACCACCGCCACCCCCAGCUCCAGGCAGCGCGCCCCCUGCUCUGCCUUCUGAGGGGCCUCCUGAGGAUGCCAGUCAGGACCUGACACCCAACUCAGUGGGAGCUGCCAGCACGGGCGGCGGAACCGGGGGGACCCACCCCAACACCCCUACAGCUUCCACCGCCAACAACCCGCUGCCUCCUGGAGGAGACCCCAGCAACGCCCCCGGCCCCGCCCUGCUCGGGGAGGCCCCCACCGGUAAUGGGCAGCGGAGCCUGGUGGGCUCAGAGGGCCUGUCCAAGGAGCAGCUGGAGCACCGGGAGCGCUCCCUGCAGACGCUUCGAGACAUUGAGCGGCUGCUGCUCCGCAGCGGGGAGACUGAGCCCUUCCUCAAGGGGCCCCCCGGAGGAGCAGGUGAGGGGGGACCACCAGCACCAGCCCCUCCCGUGCCCCAGCAGCCACCCACGGCCCCGCCCAGCGGGCUGAAGAAAUACGAGGAGCCCUUGCAGUCCAUGAUUUCUCAGACUCAGAGCCUCGGGGGCCCUCCGCUGGAGCAUGAAGUGCCGGGGCACCCCCCAGGUGGGGACGUGGGGCAGAUGAACGUGAUGAUGCAGAGGCUGGGCCAGGACAGCCUGACCCCCGAGCAGGUGGCCUGGCGCAAGCUGCAGGAAGAGUACUACGAGGAGAAACGGAGGAAGGAGGAGCAGAUCGGGCUGCACGGGGGCCGCGCGCUGCAGGACAUGAUGGGCAUGGGGGGCAUGAUGGUGAGGGGGCCGCCGCCCCCCUACCACAGCAAGCCGGGGGAUCAGUGGCCCCCUGGAAUGGGCGCCCAGCUGCGGGGGCCCAUGGAUGUCCAAGAUCCCAUGCAGGUCCGGGCUGGACCCCCCUUCCCCGGCCCCCGUUUCCCAGGCAACCAGAUGCAGCGGGUGCCAGGGUUUGGGGGCAUGCAGGGUAUGCCCAUGGAGGUGCCCAUGAAUGCCAUGCAGAGGCCUGUGAGGCCAGGCAUGGGCUGGACCGAAGACUUGCCCCCUAUGGGGGGGCCUGGCAAUUUUGCCCAGAAUGCGGUGCCCUACCCAGGUGGGCAGGGUGAAGCAGAGCGAUUUAUGACCCCUCGGGUUCGUGAGGAGCUGCUGCGGCACCAGCUGCUGGAGAAGCGGUCGAUGGGCAUGCAGCGGCCCCUGGGCAUGGCCGGCAGUGGCAUGGGGCAGGGCAUGGAGGUGGAGCGGAUGAUGCAGGCGCACCGGCAGAUGGAUCCGGCCAUGUUCCCUGGGCAAAUGGCCGGCGGCGAGGGCCUGGCGGGCACUCCCAUGGGCAUGGAGUUUGCCGGAGGUCGGGGCCUCCUGAGCCCCCCCAUGGGGCAGUCUGGGCUAAGAGAGGUGGACCCGCCCAUGGGGCCUGGCAACCUCAACAUGAACAUGAACGUGAACAUGAACAUGAACAUGAACCUGAACGUGCAGAUGACCCCGCAGCAGCAGAUGCUUAUGUCGCAGAAGAUGCGGGGCCCUGGGGACAUGAUGGGGCCUCAGGGCCUCAGUCCUGAGGAGAUGGCCCGGGUGCGGGCCCAGAACAGCGGUGGAAUGAUGGGAGGCCCGCAGAAGAUGCUUAUGCCCUCGCAGUUUCCCAGCCAGGGCCAGCAAGGAUUCUCCGGGGGACAGGGACCCUACCAAGCCAUGCCCCAGGACAUGGGCAACACUCAAGACAUGUUCAGCCCCGACCAGAGCUCAAUGCCCAUGGGAAACGUGGGUACCACCCGGCUCAGCCACAUGCCCCUGCCUCCUGCGUCCAAUCCUCCGGGCUCUGUGCAUUCAGCCCCGAACCGGGGGCUGGGCAGACGGCCUUCAGACCUCACCAUCAGUAUUAAUCAGAUGGGCUCGCCGGGCAUGGGGCACCUGAAGUCGCCCACCCUCAGCCAGGUACACUCACCCAUGGUCACCUCGCCCUCUGCCAACCUCAAGUCACCCCAGACUCCCUCACAGAUGGUGCCCUUGCCUUCGGCCAACCCGCCAGGACCUCUUAAGUCGCCCCAGGUCCUCAGCUCCUCCCUCAGCGUCCGUUCGCCCACUGGCUCACCCAGCAGGCUCAAGUCUCCCUCCAUGGCGGUGCCUUCUCCAGGCUGGGUCGCCUCACCCAAGACAGCCAUGCCUAGCCCUGGAGUCCCCCAGAACAAGCAGCCGCCUCUGAACAUGAGCUCUUCCACCACCCUGGGCAACAUGGAACAGGGUGCCCUCCCACCCAGCGGCCCCCGGAGCAGCUCCUCAGCACCUCCCGCCAACCCCCCCGGCGGCCUUGUGAACCCCAGCCUGCCGUUCACUUCCUCCCCAGACCCCACGCCAUCCCAGAACCCCCUGUCUCUGAUGAUGUCCCAGAUGUCCAAGUACGCCAUGCCCAGCUCCACCCCGCUCUACCACAAUGCCAUCAAGACCAUCGCCACCUCAGACGACGAGCUGCUGCCCGACCGGCCCCUGCUACCCCCGCCGGCACCGCCGCAGGGCUCUGGGCCAGGGAUCAGCAAUAACCAGCCCAACCAGAUGCACCUGAAUUCAGCUGCUGCCCAGAGCCCCAUGGGCAUGAACCUGCCAGGCCAGCAGCCCCUGUCCCAUGAGCCCCCACCUGCCAUGCUGCCCUCCCCCACCCCUCUGGGCUCCAACAUUCCACUGCACCCCAACGCACAGGGGACAGGAGGGCCCCCUCAGAACUCGAUGAUGAUGGCUCCAGGGGCCCCAGACUCCUUGAGUGCCCCCUGCGGGCCUGUGCCCAGCUCCUCCCAGAUGAUGCCCUUUCCCCCUCGGCUGCAGCAGCCCCACGGUGCCAUGGCCCCCAGUGGGGGUGGGGGUGGGGGCCCUGGCCUGCAGCAGCACUACCCCUCAGGCAUGGCCCUGCCCCCAGAGGACCUGCCCAGCCAGCCGCCAGGCCCCAUGCCCCCCCAGCAGCACCUGAUGGGCAAAAGCAUGGCCGGCCGCAUGGGCGACACGUACCCCCCGGGUGUGCUCCCCGGGGUGGCAUCAGUGCUGAAUGACCCUGAGCUGAGCGAGGUGAUCCGGCCCACUCCGACGGGGAUCCCCGAGUUCGACUUGUCCAGGAUCAUCCCCUCGGAGAAGCCAAGCAGCACCCUCCAGUACUUCCCCAAGAGCGAGAGCCACCCCCCCAAGGCCCAGCCCCCCAAUCUGCAUCUCAUGAACCUGCAGAACAUGAUGGCGGAGCAGACCCCCUCCCGGCCCCCCAACCUCCCGGGCCAGCAGGGCGUCCAGCGGGGGCUCAACAUGUCCAUGUGCCACCCCGGACAGAUGUCCUUGCUGGGCAGGACAGGUGUGCCCCCGCAGCAGGGCAUGGUGCCCCACGGCCUGCACCAGGGGGUCAUGUCCCCCCCGCAGGGCCUCAUGACCCAGCAGAAUUUCAUGCUGAUGAAGCAACGGGGCGUGGGGGGUGAGGUCUACAGCCAGCCCCCCCACAUGCUCUCCCCACAAGGCUCCCUCCUGGGCCCCCCGCCCCAGCAGAACCUCAUGGUGUCCCACCCCCUGCGGCAGCGCAGUGUGUCUCUGGACAACCAGAUGGGCUACCUCCCAGCCCCAGGCGGCAUGGCCAACCUGCCCUUCUAGCGGGCCCGGCGAGGGGCUGGAGCUGGGGCCAUGUUGCAAAUAUGAUAACCUGAAAAAAAGUUUCUUCCCCUCCAGUGUUGGGAUGGCCUGGGUCAAGGGGUGGGGAGGAGGGGGCUUGUGUAGGGAGCGGCAUUUGUGGAAACCAGAUGUGCUGGCAGCUUACGAGAAGUGGCAGAGUGGGGUGGGGGAUCGGGGUGGGGUUGGUUCCAUUUUGGCCGCCAGGACCGCCGCUUCCCUUCUCCCAAGUCCUAUGGAGCCUUUCCUGUUUCUCUGCACCCACCCUCUUCAGCUUUGCUGUCCGAGUCCUGUAUCCUGUAUCCCUGUAUCAAAUCCUUGGCCGGAUUGGAAGGAGAGAAGUCUCCCCGUCUUCUCUCUCCCCAUCCCACUGCUCUCUCCUCUUGGAGCUUCACUUUCCUCCUCUUGGUUUCUCUGCCCCCCUCCACCCCAUUUUUUUCCUUCUGUCUUCUCCUGCCUCGGUUCCUCUUCCUGCUGUGGCUGACCCCCUCUCCCACCCCAACCUGCAGGCGGCUGGCCAGGUGGGCAGGCGCCAACUGUAGCUGUAAAUAGAGCGCUGCGCUUUUGUGCCGGUUUGUGCGUGUGCUGUAUUUCUGUGUUUUGAUAGAAGUCACUCAGAAAAAAAAAAAAAAAGGAUAAAAGAAACCCUCCCCGUGCCCACCCCCCGCCCCUUCAAAUGAUUGCCCUUUCCAUUUCCCCUGGACCCAGGGACAUGCAGUCCAACACACCUACCCUCUGCAGGGCAGUGUCUCUGGGUCCAGAAAGGAUACCAUUCCCGUGCCCUCUUCCAGCGGUGAAAUGACAUAGCUACUACCCCCACACCUGAACUGAGGUCAGACCACCUUAGGCUACCACCUGGUGGGCCCCAGCAGGGCUGAGACCUCCCAGGGCAGCAGCCUGUCUGCUGCUGAGUGAUUCAGGAGAGCGUGUGCAGGUGCACACGUGUUUGCCCCACACAGGUGACCCGGGGGCCCUGGCUUCCCAGCUGUGGAUGUCUGGUGUCCCCUGCUGCUACAUCUUAAGCCAGAACUUGAAGUCCUUGGUCCCCAGUCUGGGCUGAAGGAAAGAAGGAUGAGGCAGAGGCUGAGCAGGCGGCCCCCCACCCCGGGCAUGGAGCCUUGGAGGAGUAGCCUGGGGGCCGUGAGCAUCCUCUGCUGCAGUGGGUCCGGGCCAGGUAGCCCCCAGGGCCCUGACUCUUUCCCCAGGCUGCCACCUACUUCCUAUCACCAAAGGAGGAAGGAAAAAGGUUAGGCCCAGUCAGUCUGUCUCCCUCCACCUGCUGAGGACAGAAUAGAGAAAGUGUUCGGCGCGGAGCAGGGCCGUGUCCUCCGCGUCUCUCUGCCUCCCGGUUCACUGGCACGGUCCCUCUGCCCAGAGCUCGGGGCUCCCUGCCCACCCAGGCGCAGCCACUGCCUUCCAGUCAGCCCCCGGCCCUUUCCCAGAAGAGCUCCCCCCUCCUCUGGUCAGAGCUGAAGCCAUACACGGUUGGGUGUUUUGCCCCCGCCCCGCUUGGCCCCAGGAGUAAAACACUUCUCCUUUUCUUACUUCCUUCCCUGCCUUGUGAGGUGGCGGGGCAGUUCCCUGGCUGAGGCCUUCCGUGCCUGCCUCCAGGACCCAGGGCCGUUUCUCGGUGAGGUGUCUUCUGCCAUGGCCCGCCCCUGGCCUUCCUGACCUGAGGGGGCCUGGUCUCCCUUUGGCAGCUGUGAUACAAAGGGAAUUUGUCCUCGCUUCUCCCAGUCUGGUGCUGUCCUCAGUCCCCCGUCGGCCAGGUCAUGCGCUUCCUCCAGGGCUGGCUGUGGGCUCCUGCCUCCCCCAGCCCCUCUCCAGGGGGCCAGGGCCUGGGACUCUGGGUUCAGGGGCCACCUGCCCUCCGCCCCCCAGACGUGUUCCCGCCCUGUGUCCAACCUGGGCCCCCUGCCCUUGAGCCUCCCACCCCUAACCCAAGACUCCCCAAGCCGACUCUUUUAAGUGUUUCCUGCCCAGAGGAGAGACAGGUCAAACUGAAAAGGGCCUGACGCCCUCCCCCUGUCCCUCUCGUCCCACCUCUGCCACCAGACUAGCUUUCCAAGGUGAACUCCACAGGCCAGCUUCCCUCCAUCCGUGGCCACACCCCCAGCCAUUUUGUACCAUUAUAUAAAUAUAUAUAUAUAAAUAUAAAUAUAUAAAUACAAUAUGUGAAGACAUCUUCUUCGUUUUUAUUUUGAGACAAUUUUUAGGCUUGUUCCGGGGCUCUCUGUGCUGCCUGUACUGUAUUGACCUGUUUUAUAGGUGCCUUUUUAUUAAAAAGACAAAAUUAAA